CAGAGUCAACACUAUAUCUGCAGGUGUCAAAAAUGCAUAAUGCAUUGCUAUAAUGUUCUUGCUUCUUGGCAAAAAUGUUUGAAGCAAGCUACUUACCUUGAUUUACAGUUGAGAUUGGUUUUCGGUUGGGCCAGAGGUGCUAUGUGCAGAUCAGAUGCAUUACAUGAAGGUUUUUUAAGUAUUUACCUAUGAGUCAUUAUCUUGGGGUUUGUAUUUUUUCCAAGAACACCAAUCAAUCAAGUUAUUCCAGAAAACUGAGUACAUGGAUACUUAAUAGAAAUACAUUUACAAGUAAUUGAAUGUUCAAUCCAUUGCUUAUAGGAUUAAGCAACUAUAGAAGUUGACGGAAUAUCUUUCAAAGAUACUUAUUGUUUGGGAGUUUAGGAGAUUGUCCAAUUAACAUAGUUAGAGUGUAAUGAUUGGGCUUUUCUUUUUGGUGGUCAAGCACUUGGUUGGUUUAGUUUUACCUUAAAUGGCUAUGGAAAAGCAAAUGGAAUAAUUCAAUAUGCACAUGAAAUCCAUACAAAAUGAUUUACAUGUUAGCCAUCCUUCUCUAACAAUUUCUUAUGAUUGAAUGUAAUGUAUCAGGGCCAUUAAGAAGUCGUGCUGCGAAAGCUAUAGGUUUUAUUGAUAUGAUGAUUGAUUACUCACUGGAAAAUGCACCCUUGCAGAAGGAACUCUCUGCAGAGGAGGUGGGGAAUGUUGCUGCUUUUCUGGCAUCACCCUUGGCUUCAGCGAUCACUGGUGCUGUUGUGUAUGUUGACAAUGGUCUGAAUGCAAUGGGAGUCGGAGUGGACAGCCCAGUAUUUCGAGAUCUUGACAUUCCAAAAGCCAACAAAAGCUAAAGGGUAGUGAUCACAGUUUUCUUACCAUGUGAGUCUAUUGAAAAAUUCAUAUCAUAAAAAAAUAAUUGUUGGAUUUCCUCCUCCUUAUCCUUUGCUAUCUUACCCAAGAAUAGAUCACUUGCCACCCCUUUUUGAUGAGGUUAAUUUACUUUGAAGAAACAAUGUUUAGUCAGUUGAAUUAGCAGUUUGUAAUGAGGCCCUGUAAGCUUGGGCCAUGUUUACAUUUAUAACAGCAAUGGUGAGCCUCCAAUAUUUUGCAUUUACUAC